AUGGGGCACACUUGUCGAGGCACUAUCAACCUGGCCACGGCAACCAUCACUGUGGACGACGCUUGCAACUUUGUCAUCUCCAAUGGCGGGGCGCAGACGUACCAUCUGAAGGCCAGCUGUGAGGUGGAGAGGCAGCGUUGGAUCACUGCCUUGGAGCUGGCCAAAGCCAAGGCCGCACGAAUGCAGGCUGAGUCUGGUAAAACACUGAAAGAGAAAGUCAUUGUUCAAGCUCUUUUACAGGGGAGAUUUACCGGGAUGUAGUGGAAACUGCAGGUUUCUAGCUGCUACACUGGACACGUAACUUUUGCUGGUGUAAGCAGAGAGUGACUUUAUCAAGUGUUCUUGAGCAGAAGCCGUGGGUCAAAUUCUUGAAAUGUGGAACUGCGAGAUUCUCUCAUGGAGCCGUACGGCGUAUGCCCAGGUUUAAUUUAAAUUAAUGUGAGUGUCUCAGGCUCUGCAAUAGUAUGCGUCCACCGUAGCAUGCCUGUUAGACUUUUAUAUUUUGUUUUAUAUAUCUAAUGUAAGUGCCUUAAUGUGUUUGCACCCCAGGAAGAGUAGCUUCUGCCUUGGCAAUAGCUAAUGGGGAUCCCUAAUAAAUACAAAUACCCCAUCAUAGGAUAGGAUUUAGUAUGUCACAGUACUUUAAAUGCUUCAAAACAGCCAUAUUAGUUCUCUUAAAAUUGUAUUUGUCACAUGCUUCGUAAACAACCGGUGUAGACCAACAGUGAAAUGCGUACUUACGGGUCCUUUUCCAAAAAUGCAGAGUAAAACAAAUAACGUGACACAAGGAAUAAAUACGCUGUGAAUAACAAAAGAAGAGUAAAAAUAAGAUGGCUAUAUAUAGGGAGUAGAAAAUAACAUGGCUAUAUACAGGGAGUACCAGUACCGAGUCGAUUACCGGUCAAAAGUUUUAGAACACCUACUCAUUCAAGGGUUUUUCUUUAUUUUUACUAUUUUCUACAUUGUAGAAUAAUAGUGGAGACAUCAAAACUAUGAAAUAACACAUGGAAUCAUGUAGUAACCAAAAAAGUGUUAAACAAAUCAAAAUAUAUUUGACAUUCUUCAAAUAUCCACCCUUUGCCUUGAUGACAGCUUUGCACACUCUUGGCAUUCUCUCAACCAGCUUCACCUGUAAUGCUUUUCCAACAGUCUUGAAGGAGUUCCCACAUAUGCUGAGCACUUGUUGGCUGCUUUUUCUUCACUCUGCCGUCCGACUCAUCCCAAAUCAUCUCAAUUUGGUUGAGGUCGGGGGAUUGUGGAGGCCAGGGCAUCUGAUGCAGCAUUCCAUCUCUCCUUCUUGGUCAAAUAGCCCUUACACAGCCUGUAGGUGUGUUGGGUCAUUGUCCUGUUCAAAAACAAAUGAUAGUCCCUCUAAGCCCAAACCAGAUGGGAUGGCGUAUCACUGCAGAAUGCUGUGGUAGCCAUGCUGGUUAAGUGUGCCUUGAAUUUGAAAGAAAUCACAGACUGUGUCACCAGCAAAGCACCAUAACACCACCUCCAUGCUUUACGGUGGGAAAUACACAUGCGGAGAUCAUCCGUUCACCCACACCGCGUCUCACAAGACACGGCGGUUGGAACCAAAAAUCUCCCAAUUUGGACUCCAGACCAAAGGACAAAUUUCCACUGGUCUAAUGUCCAUUGCUCGUGUUUCUUUGCCCAAGCAAGUCUCUUCUUCUUAUUUGUGUCCUUUAGUAGUGGUUUCUUUGCAGCAAUUCAACCAUGAAGGCCUGAUUCACACAGUCUCCUCUGAACAGUUGAUGUUGAGAUAUGUCUGUGACUUGAAUUAGCAGCUGCCAAGGCAGCAGCUACUCUUCCUGGGGUCCAACCACAAUUUACAUACAAUAAAACAAUACAUAACACAACACCUUAUUACACACUACUCUACCAUAACAUAUUUACAGUACAAAAUCAACAAUACAGCAAAAUAACAAUAUUAAAAUGUGUGUAGAGUGUGUGUGUUAGCAUGUGUUUGCGAAUGCUAUGUGUGUGCCGUGUGUGUGUCCACAGUCCGCGCUGUUCCAUAAAGUGUAGUUUUAAUGUUUUUUUAAAUCCUAUUCUACUGCUUGACUGAGUUACAUGAUGUGGAAUAGAGUUCCAUGUAGUCAUGGCUCUAUGUAGUACUGUGCGUUUCCCGUAGUCUGUUCUGGACUUGGGGACUGUGAAGAGACUUCUGGUGGCAUGUCUCGUGGGAUAUGCAUGGGUGUCCGAGCUGUGUGCCAGCGUUCCAAACAGACAGCUUGGUACCUUCAGCUUGUCUACACCUCUUAAAAAAACAAACAAGCAGUGAUGAAGUCAAUCUCUCUUCCACUCUAAGCUAGGAGAGACUAACAUGCAUGUCAUUAAUGUUUGCUCUCCGUGUACUUUUAAGGGCCAGCCGUGCUGCCCUGUUCUGAGCCAACUGUCAUUUUCCCCAAGUCCCUCCUUGUGGCACCUGACCACACUACUGAACAGUAGUCCAGGUGUGACAAAACUAGCGCCUGUAGGACCUGCCUUAUUGAUAAUGUUGUUAAGAAGGCAGAGCAGCGCUUAAUUAUGGACAUACUUCUCCCCAUUUUAGCUACUGUUGUAUCAAUAUGCUUUGACCAUGACAGUUUACAAUCCAGGGUUAUUCCCAAGAAGUUUAGUCACCUCAACAUGCUUAAUUUCCACUUUAUUCAUCACGAGAUGUAGUUCAGGUUUAGGGUUUAGUGAAUGAUUUGUCCCAAAUACAAUGCUUUUAGUUUUGGAAAUAUUUAGGACUAACUUAUUCCUUGCCACCCAUUCUGAAACUAACUGCAACUCUUUAUUAAGUGUUGCAGUUAUUUCAGUUGCUGUAGCAGCUGACGUGUAUAGUGUUGAGUCAUCCGCAUACAUAGACACACUGGCUUUACACAAAGCCAGUGGCAUGUCGUUAGUAAAGAUGGGGAAAAAGUAAGUACCUGGAUUAAGUUUGAGAGGCUUCCAUUAAAGAACACCCUCUGUGUUCUGUUAGACAAGUAACUCUUUAUCCACAUUAUAACAGGGGGUGUAAAGCCAUAACACGUACGUUUUUCCAGCAGCAGACUAUUGUCGACAAUGUCAAAAGCCGCACUGAAGUCUAACAAAACAGCCCCCACAAUCUUUGUAUCAUCAAUUUCUCUCAGCCAAUCAUCAGUAAUUUGUGUAAGUGCUGUGCUCUGGGUCUUCCAUUCCUGUGGCGGUCCUCAUGAGAGCCAGUUUCAUCAUAGCGAUUUGAUGGUUUUUGCGACUGCAAAAACUGGCACAGUUCUUGAAAUGUUCCGUAUUGACUGACCUUCAUGUCUUAAAGUAAUGAUGGACUGUCGUUUCUCUUUGCAUAUUUGAGCUGUUCUUGCCAUAAUAUGGACUUGGUCUUUUACCAAAUAGGGCCAUCUUCUGUAUACCACCCCUACCUUGUCACUACACAACUGAUUGGCUCAAACUGUCACGUCUCCUCCCGUUUCUCCCCUCCGGGGCUCUGAUUCGCCGGUCUACUGUGCCACUGGUCUGAGCGCACCACUUCGGCAACACCGGAAUGGAAACCCAACGCACCCUAAUCACCUCCAGCGCACCUGCACCUCAUCUCAUCACCACCCCUAUAUAGCCCUGGACUGGUCAGUGUUGUGUGUGAUUGUUAGUGUCAUGUUGUAUACACGCUCUUUGUUGUGCUCUUGCUCAGUGUUAAGUAAACCUUUACAUUGUUGAUUCCUGCGUCUGCGUCCUACCUCUUCGUUUCCUCAGUACUCGUCACAGAUUCACACACCUCAUGAAGAUGGAUGCAGCAGGUAAUCCUCCUGGAGUUUCCCAGGUCCUCGACCAGCACCAGCAGCAGAUUGCCCAGCUGAACGCCUCCAUGCAGGAAGUGCUCCAAACGCUGCAUAAAUUGACCAUCGCGCCGGUUCCACCUCAGGGAGCGGGGAGUGCACCUUGUCCAACUCCUCCCGUGCUAUCACCAAUGUCUGAGGAACCCCUCGCCCUGCCGGAGCGCUAUGACGGGAAACAACGAAAUGUAGAGGCUUCCUGCUACAGGUUUCACUGUAUCUGGCGCGUCAGCGGGGGGACAUCUCCAUCGGACCAAGCCAGGAUAGCGCUGGUGAUUUCGCUACUGAAGGGAAGUGCGCUGGAUUGGGCCACGGCAGUCUGGGAAGGAGGUGAGGCCGUGGCGCUUCCCUACUCCACCUUCCUCGAUCGGUUCAGGGCGGUGUUCGAUCAUCCCAUGGAGGGUGAGCAUCUCCUCCGGGGACAACAGGGAGAGGAGGCCGUGUUCGAGUACGCCCUGAGCUUUCGCACGGUGGGGGCGUCUUCCGGCUGGAAUAAGCGUGCUCUGCACACGACCUUCAUGAGAGGCUCACGGGAGGACAUCACGACGGAACUUGCAUGUCGGGACGACGAGCUGGACCUUGAUACCCUCAUCGCCAUGUCCAUUUGUCUUGACGACAUGUUGAGAGACCGACCGCGUUCCCAACUCCACCCGGAGCCUCGACGCUCACCCCAUCUGAGCUAUGGAAGUCGCCCUGCCUCCGAGUCCUCACCCAUAGAGGUGGGCAGCACCCCCUACACCACCACGGACCCCAGAUCUCCUGGCGGCUCCCUAUCUAGGCAGUAUGACUCCCGUCGCCGCUCUGUGAGUGUUCCGUCAUCACCUGUCACCAAACCAUUGUUUUUAAUUGGUUCUUCUUUCUCUUCGCUUUCCACGGGCAAUGAUAGACCACCACGAGGGGCUGUCCUUCCACAUCGUCACGUCACCCCUUCACCGGAUCGUCUUGGGAUUGCCCUGGAUCACCAAGAGGAUCACAGCCUGCUCCCCCUCAUGCCGGAGGACCUGCCUGCCAGUGGUUUGUUGUUCCAUGUCAGUGGAGAGUCCGGAGUCCGCCCUCCAGCCCAACAAAUUCCACGUGAUUACGCAGAUCUCUCCGAUGUCUUCUCCAAGGCUAAGUGUCUCGCUCCUCACAGGCCCUGGGACUGCGCCAUUGACCUGCUGGAGGGACAACACCCCCCGAAGAGUCGCAUUUACUCCCUUUCCAUAGCGGAGAUUGAGGCCAUGGAGAAGUAUGUGGCGGAGACCCUGAAACAUGGGUUCAUCAGACGCUCUACCUCUCGUGCCUCCGCCAGCUUCUUCUUCGUGGCCGUGCAUUGACUAACGGGGGCUGAACGCAGUCACCACCAAGUACCGGUACCCCCUCCCUCUGGUUCCAUCGGCCAUCGAGCAGCUGUGAGGGGCCCGGUACUUUACCAAGUUGGACCUGAGGAGUGCCUACAACCUGAUCCGAAUCCGGGAAGGAGAAAUGUGGAAGACUGCAUUCAGCACUACCUCAGGCCACUAUGAAUACUGUGUCAUGCCCUACGGCCUCGACAACGCACCUUCCGUGUUCCAGUCCUUAGUCAAUGACGUGUUCCGAGACAUGCUGAGUAGACAGGUGUUGGUGUACAUCGACGAUAUCUUGAUCUGCUCGGCUACGUUCGAGGAGCAAGUCAGGGACGUCCGAGCGAUCCUACUCCACCUCCGGGAACACAGCCUGUUGGUGAAGGGGGAGAAAUGCGAAAUUCCACCAACAUGCCAUCUCCUUCCUGGGAUACAGGAUCAGUCCUCAGGGGGUGUUCAUGGAAAGAGCGAAGACGGACGCCGUCAGGUCAUGGCAGGUCCCCACCACCAUCAAGGGCCUACAGAGCUUCCUGGCCUUCGCAAAUUUCUACCGGCGUUUCAUCAGGUCCUUCAGCUCCAUAGCCACACCGCUCACCUCUCUCCUUAAGGGUGGGCCUCAGAAGCUGGCCUGGAACCCUGAGGCUGAUGCUGCCUUCAAGAGGCUGAAGGAGAGGUUCACCACAGCGCCCCUCCUAAAACACCCAGAUCCAGCUCGUCCUUUCAUCCUGGAGGAGGGCGUGGGUGGGGUCCUCUCCCAGCGGUAAGGUAAGCCAGAGAAAAUGUAUACCUGUGCCUUUUUCUGGAAAAAGCUUACGCCAGUGAGAGGAACUAUGGAGUUGGAGACGGGGAGCUGUUGGCGGUGGUCCUCGCUCUGGAGGAAUGGAGACACUGGGUGGAGGGCGCAGUCCAUUCCGGAGUCUCACUGUCCACCGGAAUUUGGAGCACAUACUGGCAGUGAAACGGAUGAACUCUCGUCAAGCCAGGUGGGCCAAAUUUCUUACUCGCUUUAGGUUUAUUCUGUCCUACUGCCCAGGAUCCCAGAAUGUGAAAGCCAACGCACUCUCCAGGAUGCACCAUACCUGAGAAAGGGAGGAUCUGGGGGGUCCUAUCUUGCCUCUGUUUCUCUUCGUGGCACCUCUUCGUUUCUCUUUGGGAUGUGGACGAAGAGAUCUGCCUGGUGGCUCAGGCGGACCCAGCGCCUGUCAACGCCCCUCCGGGGCACGUGUAUGUACCCACCAGGGUCCCACCUUGGCUACUGAUGUUUCCCGCUAUAUCAACUCCUGUUCCGUAUGUGCCCAAACGAAAACACCUCGGAACGCCCUGGCAGGCAAACUAGUUCAUCUCCCAGUGCCUCAGCGACCUUGGUCACACCUGUCCAUAGACUUUGUCAGCCAAAUCAUGCUGUUUUUUGCCACUAACUGGUCUUCCUUCUGCUCUCCAGGUCGCUGAGGUCCUGUUCCAACAGGUCUUCAUGCAUUAUGGACUUCCGGAGGAAAUCGUCUAGGAACGUGGCCCCCAAUUCACCUCCCGAGUGUGGAAGGCUUUUCUGGAGAAGAUCGGGGCCACGGCCAGCCUCACUUCCGGCUAUAGGCCUCAGUCAAAUGGGCAGGUGGAACUCAUGAACCAGGAGCUGGGGAGGUUUCUUCGUCGCCACUGUCAGGACCGGCAGGGUGAGUGGGCGAGGUUUCUUCCCUGGGCAGAAUAUGCCCAGAACUCCCUUGUUCACUCAUCCACGCGGCUCACUCCCUUCCAGUGCAUCCUGGGGUACCAGCCGGCCCCUUGGACACCCAGCCAGACCGACGCACCCGCUGUCUACGAGUGGUUCCGCAGGGCCAGAGGGCCAUUCGUCGGCAGAAGGACCAAGCCGACUGCCACCGCAGUGAGGCCCACUUAUUCCAGCCUGGUGAUCGUAUCUGGCUGUCCACAAAAAACCUUCCUCUCCGGCUGCUCCUUCCCCCUCACUACCGUGUCUCACCCACUUUUCAUGUGUCUCUCCUCAGGCCGGUGGUUCCUGGUCCUCUGGCGGAUGCCGUCCCCCGACCCAACGCAUCCUAAUCACCUCCAGCGCACCUGCACCUCAUCAUCUCAUUACCACAACUAUAUAGCCCUGGACUGUUCAGUGUUGUGUUUUGUGUGAUUGUUAGUGUCAUGUCGUGUACGUGCUCUUGCUCAGUGUUAAGUAAACCUUUACAUUGUUGAGACCUGCAUCUUCGUCCUACCUCUUCGUAUCCUCAGUACUCGUCACACAAACGCAUUAAGAAGGCACACCUGUUAAUUGAAAUGCAUUCCAGGUGACUACCUCGUGAAGCUGGUUGAGAGAAUGCCAAGUGUGCAAAGCUGUCAUCAAAACUAAAGGGUGGCUAUUUGAAGUAUCUAAAAUAUCUAAAAUAUAUUUUGAUUUGUUUUAACACUUUUCUUUCGUUACUACAUGAUUCCAUAUGUGUCAUUUCAUAGUUUUGAUGUCUUCACUAUCAUUCUACAAUGUAGAAAAUAGUAAAAAUAAAGAAAAACCCUUGAAUAAGUAGGUGUGGUAAAAGUUUUGAAAGGUACUGAAGGUAGGGGUGAAGUGACUAGGCAACAGGAUUGAUAAUAGACAGUAGCUGCAGCGUGUGUGUGGCAUCAGUUUGUGUGAGUGUGUGGGUAGAUUCCAGUGUGUGUGCGUAGUCAGAACAAGAGAGUUAGUGCAAAAACAGGUCAAUGCAGGUAGUCCGGGUAGCCAUUUGAUUAGCUAUUUGGCAAUCUUGUUUAGAAGUCUCAUGGCUUGGUGUCAGAAGCUGUUCAGGGUCCUGUUUGUUCCAGACUUGGUGCAUUGGUACUGCUUGCCGUGCGGUAGCAGAGAGAACAGUCUGUGGCUUGGGAGUCUGGAUGCUUUGACAAUGUUUUGGGCCUUCCUCUGACACCGCCUGGUAUAGAGGACCUGGAAAGCAUGGAGCUCGGCCCCAGUGAUGUAGUCGGCCGUACGCGCUACCUUCUGUAGCGCCUUGCAGUCGGAUGCCAAGCAGUGCCAUACCAAGCGGUGAUGCAGCCAGUCAAGAUGUGCUCGAUUAUGAAGCUUUAGAACAUUUUGAGGAUCUGAGGGCCUAUGCCAAAUCUUCUCAGCCACCUGAGGGGAAGAGGCGUUGUCGUGCCCUCUUCACGACUGUUGGUGUGUUUGGACCAUGAUAAACCCUUAGUGAUAUGGACAGGUGGAACUAGAAGCUCUCGACCCGCUCCACUACAGCCCCGUUGAUGUGAAUUGGGGGUGUGCUCGGCUCUCCUUUUCCUGUAGUCCACGAUCAGCUCCUUUUGUUUUACUGACAUUGAGGGAGUGGUUGUUGUCCUGGCACCCCACUGCCAGGUCUCUGACCUCCUCCCCCUAGGCUGUCUUGUCGUCGGUGAUCAGGCCUACCACCGUUGUCGUCUGCAAACUUAAUUGGAGUUGUGGGUGAACAGGGAGUACAGGAGGGGACUAAGCACGCGUCCCUGAAGGGCCCCCAUGUUGAGAGUCAGCGUGGCGGAUGUGUUGCCUACCCUCACCACCUGGGGUUGGCCCGUAAGGAAGUCCAGGAUCUAGUUUCAGAGGGAGGUGUUCAGUCCCAGGGACCUUAGCUUAGUGAUGAGCUUCGAUGGCAGUAUGGUCUUGAAGCUGUAGUCAAUGAACAGCAUUCUCACAUAGGUGUUCCUCUUGUCCAGGUGGGAAAUAGAGAUUGGGAUCAUCUGUGGAUCUUUUGGGGUGGUAUAAGAAUUGGAGUGGGUCUAGGGUGUCUGGGAUGAUGGAGUUGAUGUGAGCCAUGACCAGCCUUUCAAAGCAUUUCAUGGCUAUAUAUGUGAGUGCUUGGGGGCAAUAGUCAUUUAGAAGGGUUACCUUGGUGUUCUUGGGAACAGGGACUAUGGUGGUCUGUAAGGCUGAACGAUUUUGGAAAAUAAUCUAAUUGCGAUUUUUUGCCCCCAAUAUUGCGAUUGCGAUUUAAUAUGCGAUUUAAUUUAUUUAUCCUUUUUCCCCUACAAAACAUAAUGAAUGAUUUAAAUAUGACCAACACAAUAGUAUAUACAUUUAGUGUGAAAUGUUCUUUCCCAUAGGCUGGGUCUAUUUGUUAGAAUUAAAUUCAAACAUGUAUGACUUGAAAUAAAUGACAUUUUUAUUGAACUGCUCAUUACAGAAACAUCUGUGGCUUUGCCACUGUGCAUUUAAAUAAUUUAAACAAAGGCAUGAACUUUGUAAACACUGUGUGCAAAAGGUACAGUCUUAAGAAAAAAAUAAUUUUAAAUUGUAUGUAUCUUACUGCUCCCAAGUCAGUAACAUUUCACACAACUGAAACAAGGAAUUUGCUUUGAAAAUAUUUUGUAAAAUCAAAGUAAAUAAAGUUAUAAAUAAAAAAUGAGAAAUGCACUUUUAAUUUAGACAAACUAUUUUUUAUAAACGAUUUGAAUAUUAUAAUAUAAAAUAGAUGAGCCUCACUUAUCUCAAGUACACAACAAUAACACACCACACAGACUAAAGUUCACUACGAGUAUGGCACUGCCAGCCAUACUUAUCCAACAGUUCUGUUCUCAGUGGCUCACAGGUUUUUUGCUAAGAAAACCAGAAUAUUGACUUUUUCUGGCUUCAAGGCUGAGCGAGUGCAAGUCACAAUAUUCCCUCCUGUGCUAAAAAGACGCUCUGAGGGAGCGCUUGUAGCAGGUACACAAAGAUACUUGCGUGCCAUGGUGCACAACUGUGGGUAGCUGAUCUUGUGCACCCUCCACCAAGCCAAUGGAUCAUCUUCUCCAUCAAUGGUAGGAGUCAUCAGGUAAUUGUUUAUCUCUGCCUCUGCGACAUCUUCAAGAUUUACAGGCAAAGAAGGAGAGGCUGAACUGGUCUUGAAAAAACUGCCAAGAGACCUCUUCGUCUUUUCCCCCAAGGACUGUGCACUUUGAGGCAUCUGAACAGUUUCAGUACGAGACCUCUUCUCCUAUUAGAUGAAAACAACAGCCAUUAGUUUUCCAGUUAGAUUUUACAGAAAAUUUUUGUUUUUGUGAAAUACAUAAUUAUUUACCCAAUGAUAUGUACGUUGUGCCAAGUCUACUAUCUCUGUCUUCAGACGAGUCUUGAUAGCAGGGAUGUUGUCUGUACUGAUGUACUGUAUUUUGAACCUAGGGUCCAGGAAACAGGCAACAUCCAAAAGCUCCUGGAUGUUUGGGUCUCCAUAUUUGUUAUUGAGGUAUGCUAGGACUUUGGUUUUUAUUGAUUUAGUCAGGUCAGUGUCCUCAGCAUCUUCAGCCAGGACUGAUGUGGCAAAAAGGUGGAGAACUGGCUUGAGGUAGGAGAUGCUUACAUACUCCUCUCCAGAAAGAGCAUCAGUAAACUCCAGUAGAGGAUGCAGUGCCUUGUGAAUCGACUCCAACACGUCAAUAUCCUGCCAGGUUGGGAUAAGGGAGCGUGCAUAUCGAUCUCCAGACAAUACCUGAGAAAUGGCUUUGGCCUGUUCAAGCACUCUGGCAAUCAUCAUUUCUUUAGAACCCCAUCUUGUUGGGCACUCCGUUAUGAGGUUGUGCUCAGGGAGUUUGAGCUCUCUCUGUGCCUCCGUCAGGGCUGCUUUCUUCUUCCAACUGUGGGAAAAGUGCCCCACCAGCUUCCUGCACAGUGCUGUUGCCCUUGACACUCUGUCAUCUUUGAGUGCAUUUUCUAAAAGAAAUAAAAAGUAGUGUAUUACACACAAUUUGAGUUUUGAUACAAGGCUCUCACUAUUACACACUCAAAUUAGCUGUAAUUCUGAAAUACACACAUCCACAACACAUCCUCUCUCUCUCUCUCAAUUCAAAGGGUCUUUAUUUGCAUGUCAAUUCUCUCUCUCUUUCUCUCUCUCUCUCUCUCAUAAACACUAAAAAAACAUGUAAAAAACAAAAACAAGAAAAGAAAAAAAAUGCAGGUGGGCAUUCCACCACAGACAGACAUAUGAUAUAAGCAAGUAAAAUGAAUUUACAUAUUAGAAAAGGAGUGGAAGUAUGAAUUUAUUUAAUCCCAUCCGAUUUAUAUAAUAUCAUUUAUAUAUAUUUGUAUAUUCAGCUUUACUAAUCGACGCAUCUCUCUCUCUCGCGCACACACACACACACAAACACACACACACACACACACACACACACACACACACACACACACACACACGAUAACUUACCAAUGGCAAGAUGUAAUCUGUGGCCAAAACAUUGGAGCCUCGUCCAUUCAUUAAGCCGCGCAGCAAGCACCAUAUUCGACGCGUUGUCCGUCGUGAUGCAGACGUGAUUCUCCUCGUGGAGAUCCCAGCUGACAAGCCCUUCUCUCAGGCCGGCUGCAAUAUUUUCCCCUGUGUGAUCGUCUGGGAAGUAGGUAGUUUGUAGGCAGCGAGCUCGGAGGUUGAAAUCUUCAUCAAUAAAAUGGACUGUAAGACUCUGGUACGGCUCAGCUGUGCGGCUUGACCACAUAUCAGUAGUGCUAGCAAAAAACUCCACCGUUUUAAGUUCCGCGGCGACUUUCUCUUUGCACUUUUUGUACAGCUCCGGUAUGGCAGUCUGACUGAAGUAUGUGCGGGAGGAUAUACUGUAACGUUUAUCAAGCGUAUGUAUUAAUGCCAUGAACCCAGGCUUGGUCACCGUGCUGAGAGGCAUCAUAUCUUUGGCUAUGAACUCGGUUAUUGUCCGAGUGAUUUCUCCGUGCCGUUUUGAAUUACGUUCAUACGGAGUGACACUUUCGAACAUUUCUGUCAGUGAUCCCUGUCUUGAGGUAUUUGGCUUGUCUCGCGCACUGAUGCUCGGCAUUUUGGUCAUACAACUGUCAUGCAUUGAUUUGUGGUAUUUUUUUAAGUGCUGAAACAGGUUUGUAGUGUUACCCCGUGAAGUAGCAAUCGGAGCACGGCAUGCUCUGCACAACACCUGACGCUGCUCAGCAUCUUCUUUUUUAAAACCAAAAUAGUUCCACACCACCGACGUGCUGUUCCUCUUCGAUAUUAAAGUAUCAGCUGUGUCAGUUUCUGACUGUUCCGUCGAGCAAGAGGCCAUUGCGCUGGACAGCAUGAAAAGUCGUGUCACGUGACCACCUCAAAUCGCGCACGUUGCGAUUAGAAAAUCGCGUUCAGUCAAAUCGCGAUAUUAUCGCGAAUGCAAUUAAUCGUUCAGCCCUAGUGGUCUGCAUGAAACAUGUUACAGCCUGGGUCAGGGAGAGGUUGAAAAUGUCAGUGAAAACACUUCUUUCUCUUUCAUGCUUCCAUCAGUCUUUAUAACAGUCUCUGACUACACUGAACAAAAAUAUAAACGCAACAUGCAACAAUGUCAAAGAUUUUACUGAGUUACAGUUCAUAUAAGGAAAUCAGUCAAUUGAAAUUAAUUAAUUAGGCCCUAAUCUAUAGAUUUCACAUGACUGGGAAUACAGAUAUGCAUCUGUUGGUCACAGAUACCGUAAAAAUAAAUAAAAGGUAGGGACGUGAGUCAGAAAACCAGUGACCUCAAUUUGCCUCAUGCAGCGUGACAUAUCUCCUUCGCAUAGAGUUGAUCAUGCUGUUGAUUGUGGCCUGUGGCAUGUUGUCCCACUCCUCUUCAAUGGCUAUGCAAAGUUGCUAGAUAUUGGCGGGAACUGGAACACGCUAUCAUACACGUCGAUCCAGGGCAUCCCAACAUGCUCAAUGGGUGACAUGUCUGGUGAGUAUGCAGGCCAUGGAAUAACUGGGACAUUUUCAGCUUCCAGGAAUUGUGUACAGAUCCUUGCGACAUGCGACCAUGCAUUAUCAUGCUGAAACAUGAGGUGAUGGCGGCGGAUGAAUGGCAUGGCAAUGGACCUCAGGAUCUCGUCACAGUAUCAAAUUGCCAUCAAUGAAAUGCAAUUGUGUUCGUUGACCGUAGCUUAUGCCUGCCCAUACCAUAACCCCACCGCCACCAUGGGGCACUCUGUUCACAAUGUUGACAUCAGCAAACCGCUCACCCACAAGACACCAUACACGCUGUCUGCCAUCUGCCCGGUACAGUUGAAACUGGGAUUCAUCCAUGAAGAGCGCACUUCUCCAGUGUGCCAGUGGCCAUCGAAGGUGAGCAUUUGCCCACUGGUCAGUUACGAUGCUGAACUUCAGUCAGGUCAAGACCCUGGUGAGGACGACAAGCAUGCAGAUGAGCUUCCCUGAGAAGGUUUCUGGUUGUGCAAAUUACUUGGUUGUGCAAACGCACAGUUUCAUCAGCUGUCCGGGUGGCUUGUCUCAGACGAUCCCGCAGGUGAAGAAGCCGGACGUGGAGGUCCUGGGCUGGCGUGGUUACAAGUGGUCUGCGGUUGUGAGGCCAGUUGGACCUACCGCCAAAUUCUCAAAUGACUUUGGAGGCGGCUUAUGGUAGAGAAAUGAACAUUCAAUUAUCUGCCAACAGCUCUGGUGGACAUUCCUGCAGUCAGCAUGCCAAUUGCACGCUCCAUCAAAGCUUCCGAUAUCUGUGGCAUUGUGUUGUAUGACAAAACUGCACAUUUAAGUGGCCUUUUUAUUGUCCCCAAGAACAAGGUGCGCCUGUGUAGUGAUCAUGCUGUUUAAUCAGCUUCUUGAUAUGCCACCCCUGUCAGGUAGAUUGAUUAUCUUGGCAAAGGAGAAAUGCUCACAAACAGGGAUGUAAACAAAUUUAUACACACGAUUUGAGAGAAAUUAGUUUUUUGUGCGUUUCAUUUUUGGGUAGAAUUUAUUUUUCCUUUCAUGAAACAUGGGACCAACACUUUACAUGUUGCGUUUUUUUUAUUUUUGUUGAGUGUAAUUAGACCAUUCAUAAACUUUGGUCAUUGUUUUUAAAAGUUUCUUUACUGUCAUCAACAGAAUACUUGAGGAAAUAUGGAGGAGUUUAUGUUAAAGCUGCAAUACAGUGCAUUCAGAAACUAUUCCACAUUUUGUUACGUUACAGCCUUAUUUAUUUCCCUCAUUAAUCUACACACAAUACUGCAUAAUGACAAAGGGAAAACAGGUUUUUAGACAUUUUUGCCUAUGUAUAAAAAAAACUAAAAACAGAUGCCCUUUGCUAUGAGACUCAAAAUUGUGCUCAGGUGCGUCCUGUUUCCAUUGAUCAUCCUUGAGAUGUCUACAACUUGAUUGGAUUCCACCUGUGGUAAAUUCAAUUGAUUGAACAUGAUUUGGAAAGACACACACCUGUCUAUAUAAGGUCCAACAGUUGACAGUGCAUGUCAGAGCAAAAACCAAGCCAUGAGGUCAAAGGAAUUGUCCGUAGAGCUCAGAGACAAGAUUGUGUCGAGGCACAGAUCUGGGGAAGGGUACCACCAUGCUUCACUGCAGGAAUGGUAUUGACCAGGUGACGAGCGGUGCCAGGAUUCCUCCAGACGUGAAACUUGGCAUUCAGGCCAAAGAGUUCAAUCUUGGUUUCAUCAAACCAGAGAAUCUUGUUUCUCAUGGUCUGAGAGUCCUUUAGGUGAGUUUUGGCAAAGUCCGUGCGGGCUGUUGUGCCUUUUACUGAGGAGUGGCUUCGGUCUGGCACUCUACCAUAAUGGCCUGAUUGGUGGAGUGCUGCAGAGAUGUUUGUCUUUCUGGAAAGUUCUCCCAUCUCCACAGAGGAAAUAUGUGUUCUUGGGGAUCUUCAAUGCUGCAGAAAUGUUUUGGUACCCUUCCCAAGAUCUGUGCCUUGACACACUCCUGUCUUGGAGCUCUACGGACAAUUCCUUCGACCUCAUGGCUUGGUUUUUGCUCUGACAUGCACUGUCAACUGUGGGACCUUAUAUACAGGUGUGUGCCUUUCCAAAUCAUGUCCAAUCAAUUGAAUUUACCUCAGGUGGACUCCAAGUUGUAGAAACGUCUCAAGGAUGAUCAGUGGAAACAGGAUGCACCUGAGCUCAAUUUCAAGUCUCAUAGCAAAGGGUCUGAAUACUUACGUUAAGGUAUUUCCAUUUUUUAUAAUUUUAAAUAAAUUUGCACCAAAAAAAAAAAAAAAAGAUCCAUUUUAGAAUAAGGCUGUAACGUAACAAAAUGUGGAAAAAGGGAAGGGGUCUGAAUACUUUCUGAAUGCACUGUAAGUAUGUCAUUUGUUGUUUUUGUUCCCUUUAUCUAAUAUUAGGUUUUGGUUGAAGAUCUGAAAACAUUCAUUAUCAAAAAUAGAGAAUCUGAAUGUGGGCAAAUACUUUUUCACAGUACUGUAACUUGAGCCCUUCCCCCAUUUUCAUUUUCCUCAGAUGACUCUGGGGAUGACUUUCCUCCAAACUCGCCGCGGGGACAAGUCGGUGGUGCCCAGAGCUUGGAGGUCCAGUCCACUCUCAGGACACUGGGCAGCAAGGUGGACGAUCUGAGCACAUGCAAUGACCUCAUCUCUAAACAUGGCUCCGCCCUGCAGAGGUCAGUACACUUUCUUCUCCUGAUUUGGUCAAACGGUUGUGCUCUUGAAGUGAUAGUUUCUCAUGUCACUUCUCUGAGUGUUAAAGGUGCAACAUGUAAUAUUUUAGCCAAUCAUUUCAAUUUCUUCAUGUUUUCUUUUAGGACACUGCUUAGAGAAAGACCUUGAAUGGCUUAGUACUGCUUCUUACAUUAUUUAUUAUCCCAAAAAGUGUUGUGUGCUAAUAUAUUUGCUAUUGUUGUCAACCUCGUGAAUGAGAACCAAUCACAAUACAGGAAGUAGUCGCAGUAAAAAAGCUAAUUUGCAGUGUCACACAGCGUUCUAAAAGCCAUGUUUCACUUUGUGGAUUGCUGUUCCUUUACAUCUAGUAUGUAAUUUACAUUUAGCUCUAGUUGCAAAUGGAAAUGUCUGUUAAAUUUAUAACAUUUAACACUAGACUCGCCACAGAGAUUUCUGAGGCAUCAGGUGAUUUAAGAAGUCUAAUAACAGUAUUUAACACAAUGACAUUGUUAAAAAAAAUUAUAUCACUGUCCGUAGCCUAUUUGUGUUAUGAGCUCUUUUAGGAGGACGUGUAAUUUAGAAAGUUUUUUUGCCCCUUCUCCCAACAGUUGCUUGCCCAGUUGAUAAUAGCCCAACAAAACUACACCUACCAAAACUAAUUUCACACUUAUAAUUGAUGUAAAAACAAGAUUAAAUUGAGAAAAUGCUGAUGGGUGAGAAUAUUAUAAAUUGUCAAAUUGUGAAUGAAGAGGCCAGCGUGUUUAAUUGACACUGGUGAGGCAAGAUUUUCUAUAUACACUACAUGACUAAAAGUAUGUGUGCUCGUCGAACAUCUCGUUCCAAAAUCGUGGGCAUUAAUAUGGAGUUGGUCCCCCCUUUGCUGCUGUAACAGCCUCCACUCUUCUGUUAAGACUUUCAACUAGAUGUUGGAACAUUGCUGCAGGGACUUGCUCCCAUUCAGCCACAAGGAUUAGUGAGGUCGGCACUGAUGUUGGGCGAUUAGGACUGGCUCGCAGUCUGCGUUCCAAUUCAUCCCAAAGGUGUUUGAUGGGGUUGAAGUCAGGGCUCUGUGCAGGCCAGUCAAGUUCUUCCACAACGAUCUUGACAAACCAUUUCUGUAUGGACCUCGCUUUGUGCACGGGGGCAUUGUCAUGCUGAAACAGGAAAGAGCCUUCUCCAAACUGUUGCCACAAAGUUGGAAGCACAGAAUUGUCUAGAAUGUCAUUGUAUGCUGUAGCGUUAAGAUUUCCCUUCACUGGAACUAAGGGGCCUAGUCCGAACCAUGAAAAAUAUUCCUCCUCCACAAAACUUGACAGUUGGCACUAUGCAUUGGGGCAGGUAGUGUUCUCCUGGCAUCCGCCAAACCCAGAUUCGUCCGUCGGACUGCCAGACGGUGAAGCGUGAUUAAUCACUCCAGAGAACGCGUUUCCACUGCUCCAGAGUCCAAUGGCGGCUAGCUUUACAACACUCCAGCCGUUGCUUGGCGUUGCGCAUGGUGAUCUUAGCCUUGUGUGCGACUGCUCGGCCAUGGAAACCCAUUUCAUGAAGCUCCCAACGAACAGUUAUUGUGCUGACGUUGCUUCCAGUGUCAGUUUGGAACUCUGUAGUGAGUGUUGCAACUGAAGACAGACUAUACGCGCUACACGCUUCAGCACUUGGCGGUCCCGUUCUGUCAGCUUGUGUACUACUUCGCGGCUGAGCCAUUGUUGCGCCUAGAUGUUUCCACUUCCCAAUAACAGCACGUACAGUUGAUCGGGGCACCUCUAGCAGGGCAGGAAUUUGAUUAACUGACUUGUUGGAAAAGUGGCAUCCUAAGAUGGUGCGACGUUGAAAGUCACUGAGCUCUUCAGUAAGGCCAUUCUACUGCCAAUGUUUGUCUAUGGAGAUUGCAUGGCUGUGUGCUCUAUUUUAUACACCUGUCAGCAACGGGUGUGGCUGAAAUAGCCUAAUCCACUAAUUUGAAGGGGUGUCCACAUACUUUUGUGUGUCUAUAUAGUGUAUAUUUAUUCCAUUAUAGCCGUGUUAGCUAGCUUGAACAUUGAAUACUAAGGUUAGCAGCUAAUGUUAGAUAAGUAGCUAGCAUGCUAAAAAGGCAACCCAGUACUAAUGACUGGUGGCCAUUUCGGCAUCACUCUUCCAACCUUUAAGAUCUUUCAGUGCUCGCCACCUUUCCAAAUUAAUUCCAAUGUUUAUCCGGUAUCUUGAUUGGUCAUGAGCAGCCUUUUUCUCACUGCUUUUUUUCUUUUCUGGUCGAGUUGAUUCAGAUCCAAGAAAUGAUGAUAAUGCUUGUUCUGUAGACAUUUUCUGAAAACGUUGUCCCUGCUACUGCAACAGUGUAUCUUUGGCAGCUGUAGAAAGUUACUUUUCACUUCCUCUCUCUCUAGCAACGUCAUUUGAGAGGGCGGGAGUUAGCGCUAAGACACCUUUCCCAGAAGGCCAGCCCAGAGCAGCAUAGGACCAAAUCCCUUGUUUGAAAACACAACACGAAGUGGGGUGGCAUGGGGGCACCCACGGCCUGCGGAUUUCAGCUUCAAAACAACAUAGAUGUGUGUUAAUUUGUAAUAAGUGCACACGAAUAUAAGCAAGUCUUGUCUGCUAAAUGAACAAACAAAAUAGGCUACACCACUGGCAUUUUGCAUAGCCAUGGAUAGUCAACUCAGAAUAUGCUAUUCUGUUCUUUUGAAAUACAAUUUUGUUGUAUCUCCUAAGACAUGCCUAAACACAAACAAUAUAUAAUUUUAAAAAGUAUUCAGACGCCUUGAAUUUUUCAAAAUUGUUACAUUACAGCCUUAUUCUAAAAUUGAAAACAUUUCAAAAAAUCUGUUUUUGCUUUGUCGUUAUUGGGUAUUGUGUGUGUGUGUGUGUGUGUGUGCGCAGAUUGAUGAGGAAAAAACAAUUUAAUCCAGUUUAGAAUAAGGCUGUAACGUAACAAAAUGUGGAUAAAGUCAAAGGGAAUGAAUACUUUACGAAUGCACUGUAAAUUACAUUGAUUUUUAGACUGUUUAAAUGUAGUCUAGAUGUUCAAAAGGCAUCAUUGGCUGCUUCUUGAAUGCUUCAACUCCUGGCGGUUCUAGUGUUAUUGGAGAGAUUUGAAACAUUUCUGAUCUCCACAUAUUCACACGCAAAUGAACACCAUAUCAGAAUCAUGAAUUUGUCCAGAUUGGUUUUAUAACCAUUGAUCAGCUUAUUUUUCAAACAGACUUUGCUCAAUAUUUGACUGAUAAUGAUUUUUCUACUGAUCACGCAGGUCAUUUGAUGAUUUAGAGAUACACUGAAUGAUUGAAGUCAUAUGAUUGGCUGAUUUUUAUAGGUAUUUCCACUCAUUGUACUGAGUUGGCUUUUCCAUCAGGUCCUUGUCUGAGUUGGAUAGCUUGCGCCUCACCGGAGAGGCCGGAGAUAAGAUCCGGCAGGUGACGGAGAGAGCCACGCUUUUCCGCAUCACCUCCAACGCCAUGAUCAACGUGAGUGUCAGCUUGUGCCGCCAUCUUUACCCAAACUGACAUAUGAGAGACACUUGGUGCACUUAAAGGGGAAGUGCAGUCAACGUGAUUAUCCUGUGUUUUAUAUAUCCACACUGAGGUUGGAAUAAUACUGUGAAAAUGAUGAUAAUGCACAUUUAGUGUAAGAGCUGUUUGAAAAGACCGCCUGAAUAUCAGCUUUUUUGGCUGGGUGUUUUUUGUUGUUGUUGGUGUGAGUUAAAUGACCAAUAAGCAUUUUCCCUCCUCUGCCAAUAACAGCUAGUUUUCAGGUUACACAUCCCUUUCAUUCGGCACUUCCAAUUCUUGCUUGAGAAAUUGCAUUUAGCUAAGAAGCUAUUUUUGUUUGUUUUAAAUUAAAAUGGUCAAAAAUAAUCACGGUAAGGUACUUAAUUGUUACCCAGAAAUGAAUGUUUGUGCCAGUAUACCGUUGGAGUUUUGGUAAUGCUCUUGGUACAUUUCACCCCUUGGGUAUACAGGGGCCUCCACUGGCCAAGUGUUGUAGUAAUAUUUGGGUAACGUUUCUUCAGGCGUGCAGAGACUUUUUGGCUCUGGCCCAAGCCCACAGUAAGCGCUGGCAGAAGGCCCUGCAGGCAGAGCGGGACCAGAGG